AUGGCAUCACUCCGACAUUGUGUUGAUUCAGGAAGUAUGUUGUUAUACGUGCGCUAUGUGGUCGUGCAUUGUCGUGCUGGAAGAUGUGACGCUGGAGAAUUUCGUUGCAGUAACGUUGGGCUGUUAGAUGACCUGGGACAUGUACAAGGAACAUCCACUGAAGUGGAGGUCUCGCUCUUCAUCAACAACAUCGACUCCGUCAGUGAACAGACGAUGGAUUUUUCGGUAAACGCAUUUGUGACGCAGAAAUGGAUGGAUCGCCGUCUGCGAUUUCUGGGCCUGAUCGACGCCGAGUACCUGGAACUGGACACAAAGCUCAUGGAGAACAUAUGGGUUCCGGAUCUCUACUUCCUCAACGAGAAGAGCGCUUCCUUCCACACUGUGACCGUACCCAACAAAAUGCUCCAUAUAUACAACGACGGGGAAAUCAUUUAUCGGCUCAGGAUUUCUCUGACCGCCUCGUGUCCCAUGCUGCUCCACAAGUACCCAAUGGAUAGCCAAGUGUGCCAUCUUUUCAUUCAGAGUUUUGCUUUCACGAAGAAAAGCAUCGUGUUCAAGUGGCGGUCAGAGGACGCCAUCCAGACUUCCAGGAAUCUACAGCUGCCGCAGUUUACAUUGACUCGUACUGAAUUCAGAAACUGCUCGGAUUUCGAAGGGAGUGAAAAUUUCACCUGUAUCGCUUCAGACUUCUACCUACAGAGAAGCAUCGGUUUCUACAUGAUACAGAUUUACAUUCCCAGUGUCCUCAUCGUCCUGCUGUCCUGGGUUUCGUUCUGGCUCAACGUGGACGCUGUUCCGGCCCGGAUUUCACUUGGUAUCCUCACUGUCCUUACCAUGACAACACAGAAAUCCAUGGCGGUUUCGUCACUUCCGAGAGUAUCCUACGUCAAGGCCAUAGACGUUUGGAUGGCCGCCUGUUUGUGUUUUGUAUUUUCCUCCCUUUUGGAAUUUGCUCUAGUGAAUGUUAUCGACCGCAGGCAGAUAAAAAGGAAACAUCUUCCAGCAGACCACACUAUUGACGGAGCAAAAACUCUAUUAAGGGUCCCGAACUGUGAAAUACAGUCUAAAUGGGUCGACGAUCCAGCCGGCAAAGUGCGGGCCAGACAAGUUGAUAAUUUCUCUCGCGUCUUCUUUCCAUCGGCUUUCGUCAUUUUCUGCCUUGCUUAUUGGCCCACCUACCUGGAAUGA